AUGCAGGGCACCAGCGUCGCGGAGACCGAUAGCAGAAAGGCGGCCGGUCUAGUCAUGUCGGACGAGCACGCUGUCUACGGCGGCGUAGCGGGUGGACCGGUGUAUCACAGCCUCCCGCGCCGGCACCCCAACGGCAGUGUUUCGCCUCCCCCACGAAGUCAAUCCCCUCCCUCCACUCCAGCCAAGCAGCUGCAGCAACUCCAGCAGCUUCAUUCACUGCAGCAGCAGCAGUCUCUCGUCUACAGUCCUCCUCCACAAACACGCGCGUUCUCCACCCCGCAGUCCGGCUCUCCCAACUUGUACAGGGUGUCUCCUAUCACCUGUGAGAACAGCAGUGAGGUGCCGGCCUUUAAUCCGCUGUCGCCCUACCGCAGCACGGCCCCCUCGCAAAGCCGGUUCUUCAACCCCAGCCCCCACACCAGCGCUAACGAUCCCACGUAUCGAAACGUGGGACCUGGCGUGGCGCCGUCGUCCUAUUCCCCCUUCUCCGCCCCCUCUCCGCAGCCGCCGCGCUUUCGACGAGUGAUUACCUCUCCACCGACGAGCGUGUCACUCUGCGGUGACCCGACCACCGAGGCGGCGCAGGUGCCCACCACGAAGGCGGAGUCGGGCUUCACGGCAGUGCGGACCAACACGAACGCGCAGCACACGACGAACAUCCCGCAAGGCACACCACAUUACCGCAACGGAGUGGCCUCCGCGGGAACGCCGGAGGCGUUGUCACCGCACCCGAGCAAAUCGGCGCAGUCCAUGGGGUUGUCGUCGCCGGCGCCGGCGACUGGUGACGGUCGCCUACACUUUUCCCCACCCAACCAGCUGCACCAGCCUCAACAACAACGCGCAAUGGGUGGAGCAUCACACAGUGGGCAGACGACCGCAAUGAGCAGGAGCCUGCAGAUGGCUCCCGGUGCUGCCAUGGCAGGCGUCGCCGCACGCCGGUCGGCCAGCCCAAACAACGCCGCCAACUCGUCCACCAUUCUCCCGCGCAAGCAGCCGGAGAACGUCUCUCCCGGGGUCAACAGCUCCCUCCUGGGACGAUUCUCCGCCUCGUCCUCGCACCCGUCAUCGGAUGGAGCCAUGCAGUUGCUGUCCCGGGCGGCGCUGUCGGGCAUCGCGACGCCGCAGCGCCCACUAGCGCAGCCGCACGAGCCCCCGACCGGCUCCCCGCCGCCGCCCCCGCACGCGAGCGUUGUGGUGGCGGUCAUUCCUUCCCCUCCGCGUGACGCUGCUGCGCUGCCGGACCUGCCGUCGCACAGUGGCGCCGCGGGCGGUGGCAGUGGCGGCGCACGAUCCGGUGAGAUGGCCGGGCGGUGGAUCUCUCCGCAGCGUCCGCACCGCACCGCCUCUACGGACUCCUCGGACCGUUUCUACUCUCCCGGCUCUGCGCCGUCGUCCUGCGGGACCUCGAGCAGCGCGCCGCCGCAAUCGUCGCAGCCGCCGCUGCCACCGCCGCAGCGUUCGCCAGCCAUGUACGGUGUGAUUGGUCUCCCGUACGCCCGCGCGGAGGCGGGCGCCACUGCAGCAGCAAGCGGGGUGGCGUCUGCCGGUGCUCGUAGCUGCGAUGGCAGCACAAGUGCGAAGCCGAUGGUCGUCUUCCCUACUACGCAGUUCCACGCGGUGCCGUCGUCAUCGUCGUCGUCGUCCUUUUCGCGUGCACCAGCCGUAGUGAAGCGGCGCUCGCCUCCCCAGCCGCGUGAGGAGCAGCGUGCUGGUUUGCCCCAACGCCAACACGACACAAUGGAAGCGUGCAACGCACCUAUCGAUCACGCCGAUCCUGCCGCUGCGGCGAUGGGAGCGUCGAGUGACGCCACCGCGACAAGCUCGGCGGCUCACCCGCGCUCUGGCUCCAACGGGCUCUCCAUGCCGUAUCACAAGUCGAUCGUUCACGGCGCCCCGAGCAAUAGCAGUCGUACUAAUAAUAAUAGCACGCAUGCGAGGGCCAGCGUCGGCGCGAAUAUGAGUCAUGAUGCCGCCCAUGCAGAGGCAGCGAUGUCCGCGGCGGGUCAGAUGACGGGCGCCGCACGCCUCGCACCUUUCUCACCGCCGCCGCCUCCGCCCGCCGACGGCGACGACGAGCGUGAAGCGGAUUUGGACGAGAAAGAACGUGCGUCUCUAGCAGAAGAGCAGCAACAACAGCAUCAGCCGCAACACAUCACCUCCGUGGCGCCGGCCGUCGUUGUGGCCGCACGUACACGCCUCCCUGUUAGCACCGCCACCGUUACUGCGGCGGUGGUGAACGCCGUCCGCGAGUCCGAGCGACGCGUCUCCGGCACCCCCAUCCACGCCUUCGCAGCCGGCGUCAGCAGCCGAGGCUCCCCGCAGCUGACGGCCGACACCGUCUUACCGGUCGCGGCACAGGAGGAGGAGCCGCGCUUCAGCUCCAGCACAACAUGCACAACGGAGCGGAGUAACUCCAACAGCCGCCUGCAGGCCACCACCGCCACUACCACCGCUACUGCUGCUGCUGCAGCCACGACUACGACGUCGCCGAAGUCGUCGAAGGCCUCCAUGAUGGCGGCCCCCACGCCGCUCUCGUCAGGCAGCGCCGGGAAGCUGUCGCAGACCGCGAGCGACCUCUCCACCUGCCUCUCUCGUCAGCAGCGGUUGUCGAUGAAGCAGCUGCCGCUGCAACAGUCGCCGCUCAGUGCGACCUACUCCGGCAACGGCAGCCCGGUCGUGACGCGCGCCACCGCCGUCUCAGUGUCGUCGGACGUGAACGGGCAGACGAGCAGCGACAGCGCGCACUUUCACUGCGGCAGCGGCAGCUUCAACUCCACCAGCUCCAGCAAGUCGCCGUCUCCGGCGCUGUCGGGCUACUCCUUCGUCUCCAGCCGCGCGCAUCUGCAACGCUACAUCGAUCAGUGGCGCGACCGCUUUGAGGAGGACAAGUCCGCCUACAAAGAGGGCGGCUACCUCACGGUGACUCCGGGCAAGAUUGUGCAUUCCCGCUACGUGCUCAUCCAGAAGCUUGGCUGGGGCGAGUUCAGUACGGUGUGGCUGGCCUACGACACGAAGCAUGCGACGCUGGGCCGCGGUGCGAAACAGGCCUUCGUUGCAGUGAAGGUCGCGAAGUGCCGAUCCAGCGUGCAGGAGGCGACGUACUACGAGGUGAGUCUGUUGCGGUACAUCGAGGCCCGCCUGCCACCCCACGCCACUGUCACGAACAUCAUCGACUGCUUCGACGUGCAAGGCGAGUUUGGCAUGCACACCUGCAUGGUGAUGCCGCUGUGUGGUCCAAAUUUGCUCUCCAUCAUCGACCGGGUGAAGGGUCAGCGGGGCCGCCGCAGUGCCGACGACGUGCGGCUGGUGAAAGAAAUCAUCCUCUCCGUUCUCAUCUCCCUGCACGAGCUGAGCGUGCUGAACGUGUUGCACACCGACAUCAAGCCCGAGAACAUUCUGUGCUGUGCGGUGGACACGAAGCUGUUGGGUUCGAUGGAGAAGUUCUGCAGCUACAACAAGGAUCGCCGUCACAUGAUCAGCACGGACGAGUUCCACGACGCGAUGAAACAGCAGACAGGCGACCAUCUUGUGUGUCUGGCCGACUUCGGCUUGUCGGCGCUGCUGGAACCGCCUGGGUCCGCCGCGACGUGGACGGCGCUGUGCCCCAGCGUGAAUCCCUCUCUUCUCGCGCCGCUGAUGCGCUGCAAGAAGAACUUCAACGUGACCACCUCUGGCGUGGUGGAGAACCUGCGCGGGACGCUGAUUCAAACGCGGGAGUACCGCGCCCCGGAGGUCUUGCUGGGCCUCGACUUUACCAGCGCCACGGAUGUGUGGAGUGUAGGCUGCACGGCCUUCGAGCUCAUCACCGGCAACUUCCUCAUGGACCCGAAGAAGAAGACCCGAGAUGCGCGGGAAAUGGAUGUGGAGCACCUGGCGAUGAUGAUGCAACUCAUUGGACCUCUGCCGCCGGAGAUCACCGACAUUCGUGUGCGCAACAACGACUACUACGAUGGCAUUAUGAAAGGCACGCCUCUGCCGCGUCGCACUACUCGGCCGCCGCCGGAGUACCUGCACCGGUUCGUGGACCAGGAUGGCGGCUUUAUCUACGCGUCCCGCUACCGCGCUUACCCGCGCCGCAGUCUCGAAAUGGAGCUGGAACCGUACCUCGGCUUCCGAGAGGCGCGUUUGGCGUCAAACUUCAUCUUGUCGUGCUUGUACUCCUACGACCCGAAGAGUCGACCCUCUGCGCAGAAGCUGCUGGGCCAUCCUUGGCUCCGAAGCGUUGGAACGUCGAGCAUGGACAAGUGUGCUCUCCGGCAAGCACCGGGCAACUGA